UUCUGCUCCUUUGAUGGGCGCUCUGCCCUCUCAGCGAGUAACGCCUGAUUUUCCUUUCAUUAGUGUCGGCGUAGACUUCGCUGGGCCUUUUAUGAUUACUGACAGGCAUGGCAGAGGCUGCAAAAUAACCAAAUGCUACUUAGCAAUAUUUGUUUGUCUCCGAUACAAGUGUUUGCAUCUGGAGGCAGUAAGCACGCUGUCGACAGAUUCAUUUAUUCUUACGCUGCGACGCUUUAUCUCUCGCAGAGGGCGACCUCGCGAGAUUUUUUGCGACAAUGGACGCAAUUUUGUAGGAGCGGCCAAGGAAAUUAGCGAUUAUCUUACUUCAAACUCAGACACGGUUUGCAAUUUUGCAGCAAAUGAGGGAAUACAAUUUAAAUUCCAGCCGGCAUAUGCUCCUCACUUUGGUGGUUUGUGGGAAGCAGGAGUCAAAUCGGCCAAAUUUCACCUCAAUCGUAUAUUAGGUAACGCUCAUUUAACAUAUGAAGAAUUGGCAAGUCUCUUUAGUUAUGUGGAAUCUAUCCUUAACAGUCGUCCUUUAUGUCCUUUAUCGUCCUCACCAAACGAUUUCCAACCCUUAACCCCAGGUCACUUCAUCAUCGGCCGCGCGCUCACUUCGUUGCCGUCGCCCCACCUCGCGGAUAUAAACCCAAACCGUUUAGAUAGGUUUCAGAGGCUCGAGGCAUUAAGACAGCACUUCUGGCGACGCUGGCAAAUGGAAUAUGUCUGCGAGCUCCAGCAACGGACUAAAUGGCGUGUUCCAGGACGAGCUCUUCAACUGGGUGACCUGGUCCUAAUCAAGGAAGAGAAUACUCCCCCAAUGCACUGGCGGCUCGGACGAAUCGCCAAAUUGUUUCCUGGCGCUGACGGGAUUUCGCGAGUAGCCGAAGUUGCUACUGGAACGGGCACCUACAAACGAGGUGUGAAAUACCUCUGCCCUCUGCUGGACGAGACCCAUGAAGCCUUGAAGGCUGACGCCUCCAAGGGCCCCCAGGAUGUUGCGGCUCCUACCAAUGGAGGGGAAGUGGGGAACAUACACCGCUAAACCAGUUGGCCCAUCUACCGCUCCCCCCGCCGCAUAUAGACGCCGUGCGAGCCACUUGGC